AUGCUUCCGCCCUUGGAUGUGGGCAUGCUGGAGAUCCCUGCCGAGCUGUCGGCAAGAUUACGCAUGGCAGCAGGGCAUCAACAUGCAUCUAUAGUGAGAGAGAUUGAACCUCCGCAAGUAAAGGCAACACAUAACCUCACUCUGCCUCCGGAUAUAGACCGAUACCCAUUCUCUCAUUAUGUUCAGUCCAUACUGAAGGAUACAUGGUGCCAACCUAAAGGAACCCCACUCCAAAGAGCACUUACUCCUCUUGAAUCAGACGAUGCCCGCGUCGCACUGGAAAUUUAUAAACUGAUACUGCGGUUUACAGGCGAGUCAGACCUCAGUUUCUCACAGGAGCAGAUGUUGGGAAACUUUAUCAUUGAGAAAGGCCAGGACCGACCCGCCUUGAGGGAUGAGAUCCUGGCCCAGUUGGCUUACCACACAUGGGAGCUGAGUGAAGAGCAGCGUCGUUUGCAAGGCUGGUUGCUGUUGGCCUGUUGCCUCUGUGCCUUCACUCCAUCACCAAACUUGGAAAAACCCUUGUUAAAGUAUAUAUCUGACCAUGGGCCCAUGGAAUACCGUGCACUAUGCCAACACAAACUGCUCAUGUCUAUGCAGCACCAAGCCCCCACUUUUCGUAUGCAUCCCCCAACACAGCUGGAGUGGAUCACCAACAAAAGGAAAGGGACAAUGGUCGUGGAUGUCCACGCAUUCAACGAUGAGAAGCUUACAACUGAAGUGGAGUCCUGGACCACAGGAGAAAAGCUCGCCUCAUGGUUUCUCCAGGCCAGAGGUGUGACAGAGACCACAGACGGAUGGUCUGUGUCUCUUCUGACUGAUGAUCAGUGGUCUGAUUUGGCUGGAUCAGACUUUGUCAUGGAUCUAAUGGCUGGCGCUGAGGCGGAAGUACUGCCACCAGGCACGCCCUCAUCGACCAUUCCUGAUUACCUAUUCAGUGGCCAGGAUGACAGGAUGCUCGAUACAGAUCUUGAAGACUUUAUUCCGCCAGCACCUGUCUUUGAGGCUCCUGGAGUUUUUAAUCCUCAGGAAGGCAGUCAUCGAGAGCUGGACGAAUAUGUUGAUGACUGGUUUGACAUGGACCAGGGACAACUGGACAUGGAAAGAGUAGCUGUGCUUAACCGCAGAAUGAGAGGUGGAGGAGGUAUUGGACCAAUGCAGCCUGGUUUAUAUGGUUCAGGUAUGCCUACUUCAAUGUCAGGAUAUCCUAUGGGAAUGGCAGUCAACCCUGCAAUGCCAAGCUAUGGUACUCCAAUGGCCCCGACUAUGACAGCCAUGCACACAAUGCCAGCCAUGAUGAUGCCUCAGGCUCCUAUACCCUCCAUGGCUGACCCCAUGCAGCUGGCAGCAACACAGCAAGCCCUAAUAAACCAACAGGCACUGAUAAUGGCCCAGCAGAUGACAAUGCAGGCAAUGACUCUUUCCCAGCAGCAAACACAAGAGCAGCAGAGGUUGAGGGAACAGGAAAGGAAGCAGAAAGAACGGCAGCAACCCACGCUCACAUCUUCCCCCCAAACUCAACCGAAACAGCAGCCUAAUCCACCUUUGCCCAAGUCACAGGCUGACAGCACAGAUUUACAUGGUCGAGAUAAUCAGAAGUCUUUCACAGAUAAAAGGAAGUACUUCAACAGUAUUGUAAAGGAAAUCCCUGUGCCUGCAAACAAAACAGAAAGUCCAACUACAGCUGCCAACACGGAACCGACCUCCAACAUUCGGGAAAUCAUCAAAAUGUUCAACAGUCGACCUCCGCCAGAACCCAAAAACUUUGAGCCCGUCAGAGGUCCCGCAAGGCAGUUUGUGAAGAAGGUAGAUCCAAAACAGGAAGCCCUUGCCAAACUGAGACACCAAGCACCACAAUCUCCUCCAGACACUCCGUCCCCACAGUCAUCUCCUUCCACCACUGGCCGUCGUGUUAUCUCCAGUAACAUGAGGCAGAAACAGCGCUCCCUAGAAGAUUUGUUUAGCUCACAGCGCAUUAGACGACCUGAACCAACUCGCCCUGACUCCCCUCCACCUCCUGUACUUCAAAACAUCCCUGAUCCACCAACCAUACUUGCACCAUCUCUUAGUUUAAUGCCAGAGGAUGACAGCAGUCCAUCUCAACUUUUUCGUUAUUCUCCUGGCGUUUACUUCUCUUACAACAUGCCAGCAAAACUCUUCCUGCGCAAAGAGGUGUUUUACCCCAAAGAUACCUUCAACCAACCCUACAUACUGAAUCUUUUAUAUGAACAGAUUAUGAGGGACACCUACUCUAAUAACUGCAUCAGAAUAAGCAGAGAGGAAAGACGGAAGAUGAAAGAUCUGCUAGCUAAUCUCAAUGUGGGAACAAUGAGUACCGUCCAAGAUGACAGCAUAAAGAAAAGGAUUGUCAUUGCUGCUCGGGACAAUUGGGAAAACUACUUUUCACGCCUAUUUCCUGUUAAGUCAGACAGUGGUGACGCCCAGAUUUUAGGGGUGAAUCAUCGUGGAGUUCAUCUCCUAAAGAUAGUCGCAGCAUCUGGCAUGGAUCCAAAACACCUCCGUCUACUUCGAAGUUACAGCUUUGCAGAAUUGCUGUCAGUGGGAUUCUGUGGUACAAACCAAGUGAAGCUGGAGCUGGCAAAUGAAAACCUACAACUGCACUCCUCCAGAUCACCUCAAAUAGUUGCCAUGGUUGAAUUCUUCCUUAAAGAGCUCAUGAAGAACUCUGGCCAUGUAAUUGCCCUCAAGAGCUUUGUAACAGAUGACAAAAGCCUGCUCACCUUCAACAAAGGUGAUGUUAUCAAGUUACUACCAAUGGAGGGACUCCAAACAGGUUGGCUUUUUGGCACAAUGGGAGGACGUUCUGGUCUUUUCCCAGAGGAUCUAACCCAGCCGUCUGCUGCUUUGGAUUACCAUUAUCUCCAGUCGGAUCGAAGAGAUGAUCGGUGGAAAAGCGCUCGGGGGUCGAGAGCUUCCUUUCGACAAAAAGAAACUUUGAUUCCUAUCGUCAAGCAAAUAGAAAACCUGGACACCGAGUCGAAUGGAGAUCUAGAGGUCUCAUCCCGGAGAACAGCACAGACGUCCAUUCGCAGGUCAUUUCAUGAUUUGCAGAGGCCAAACGGUGAUUUAGAGCGGCAAACAGCUGUAUCAACCCAGGAAUCAGUUGAAGAGAGUGAGCUUCAGAUGUCGGCAAUGGCUGAGUUUGCCAUGAAAUACUUCAGACUGGAAAAUGAAACUGGGAAAUCAAGUAGCAGGACUCUUUCUGAAGCAGUUCAUUUCACAAAGGUGCCCCUUCAAGAGUCCCUAAUUCUCUACAACGAUCGUGACAGCAAUGAUUUAUCAGUAGAGUGCUUUAGGAAUGUGAUGCAGUUGAUGGGUGAUACCGCUAUGAAAAAGCACACUACCCGAGCAGACUGCCUGAGUCACAUUCUGCUGCUAGGGAAGGAAAGAGAACUGCUGAGAGAUGAAAUCUACUGUCAGGUUAUCAAGCAAACCACCAACAACCUUACCGAAUCCAGCAGCAAUCUAGGCUGGCGUCUUCUCAGCCUGAUUGCUGGGUUUUUCCCUUGUUCUGAUAAUCUAAAGCCUUACGUUUCACGUCACUUGCUUGAGAUCGCUGUGGACCGUCAACACAUUUACCAAGAGGUGGCAUCUGUGUGUCAGGAUAACCUUCAAAGAGCUUUCAAUUUUGGGGGUCGCCGUAAUAUCCCUUCACAUAUUGAGCUGGAGGCCAUCCUGGCUGGCAAAUCCUCAAGACUCGUUUCUAUCCAGCUGCCAGGAGGGGUGGAAUUCCCUGUCAAGAUACAUAGCUUUACUGUGGCAGCCGAUGUGGUAAGCGAACUCUGCAAAGAAAUGAGCAUCUCAAAUAUCACCGAAAUGAAGGAAUUCUCCAUCUUUGCCAACCGACAGCAAGAUGGUAUGGUGCGCCCUACUCAUUUCAAUGAGUACCUGAUGGACUUUUUGCUGGAUGAUGGCAGCAUUUUCUUGUCACUGAGAAGAGUGAUGUGGCAAAUCCCACUGUGUUUCAAUAAUGACCUAUAUGUGGAUUUUCACUAUCAACAGCUCAAGGAGGAGUAUUUGAAUGGGCUGCUCCGACUCACUGCUGCUGCAGAUGGGCACUCAUCUCUCCACCGGAUCGCAGAGUUGUCUGUCCUGCAACACCUGUCCAAGGGACUGCGAAUGGAGCUCUCAGAGUUGGAAAUAAAGGAAUACUUGCCUGCUCAGGAGGGGAAGGACCUGAAUAUGGAUGAGAUCAACUCUUUAUGUUCGAUCAAAAUCGCCACCAUGGAAUCUCUCAGCCCACUUGAUGCAAAAAUACAAUUCAUCGUGUUUCUGAGUGGUGAAGAGAUGUUUGGCUCCAAAAAUUACUUGGCCCAGAAAGUCAGUCGACGUGGACUUCCUUCCCCCUGCAUUGUUAGUGUCAGUCAAGAUGGACUGCUAUUUAUUCACCCCAAAACACAGGAGAAAGUAUUCCAAAUUCCUCUCAUAGAUGUUCAGACUAUACGGACCGUCCGACCCAGCAAACCAGGAAAGGUGCCAUCGAUGGACAUCACUUAUGGCAUAUUGAGUCAGUCCCAAAAGAUAACAAUUCAUCUCAAACAGGCCAAAGAGCUGUGUCACAUCCUUGCUAUGAUCAUGGAAGAGAUGAUCCGUCCCUCUGUCAACAGCUCCAUCGCUAAUCAUUUGUAG